UAGCUGAGUAAUUUGCUCCGACUCUGAUUCUCGUUAUAUGGAACUCUCAUAGUAUGUGCCUUUAUAACACGUUUAUACGAGUAUAUCUUCACAUGUAAUAAUGAGCCGGUCGCACCAUGUGUCUCGAGCUUCAUCCUAGGUGAGUCCCACAAUCAGCGAAUAGAGCUCGAGCCAGAAAGCCACUUAGUUCACCGUAAUUCCGGCUAUUUAUUUAAAAAGAUCAUUUUCAAGUGCCUCAACGUUACAUCCCCUGUCCAAUUCAGCUUCUAUCUAUCUUCACUAACCUCCCACUCUCCCACCACACAAUGGACUUUCUCAACCACCCGCCAGAAGACCCCGCCAAGUUCAAACGGCACGUCCUAGAAUACAUAAUUAAAUGGGACAUGUCCUACGACUCCGUCACAGGCCGGCAGUUCGAGAGCAUGUGUAGGUACGUAGACGAGCGGCGCUUCUUCGACCGCGUGCUGUUUCCCCACGGUGGUUGGAUGACCCGGGACUGGCUCAUCGACGCGUACGGCGAGGUCAGAUCCAACUUAGAGCUUGAGUUAUUGCCGAAGGGUGACGAGAUCACUAGGAAGUGGAUCGUGGAGAAGCGUAGGGAAGAACGGAAACGGAGAGCGGACUCAGACGAGGAGGAAGAAGAAGCAGAGGAUUAGGUAUCGCCGUGAGAGAACUUUUUCCAACCAAUAGUAGGCUAGCUACCGUGAAAGCGAAUGUACAAGUAGAUUGGUUCUUGUAUAGAAAAAGUGCUCUCCGGUAAGCUAUAGAUACCUUCAUGUAAACGAUCUCAAAGGAGAAAGCCAUGAAUUCCGCGACAGCGUGAGGAAUAUGCAAUAAUAUUAACAGGGGCAUAAGGGCAAAACUUAAGAAGAUAGUCACUAGACUACCCAAAUUUUUACGAUAAAAGCAGAAGUAGAAGAAGAGAGUAGUGAAAUAGAGGUGAAUUCAAACGAGCGACCACCUUACUAAGGCCGAGUCGAUGCUCAAGGCAGAAUUUGCGCG